AUGUCUUCAAUGAUUGCAGUAAAGCGACCACCACCAGAGCGCUUCAUACAUCAAAAUGAGCCAUCAAGCUCGUCAACGAAAUCUCCGCCGCCGAUCGCAAUCAAUCGAAAUAUGAUCUCAACUUCGACAAAAACUUCGCCUGUCGAGCUAUUCACCCAAGCCGAUUUAGAGAAUCGUCUUCAAGGUGCUUUACGGGAGAGAGAUGAUCAAUGGCUGAGACACGAGAAGGCGCAGAUUCAUUUCCUGCAAUCGGAGGGCGCACACAUGUUGAAGGGACUGCAUGACGAGGUCGAUCGGCUCUCUCAUCUACUUAGAGAUGCAAAGCGACGCUUGGAUGUGGAAGAUGAUGAGGCUGAGGAAAGCGAAAAACUCAGGAAUCUCAUACAGAAAAAAGAGGACCAGAUCGCUGUGUUGGAAGCACAACUUUUGGCUAAAGAGUGCUCGCUGAAAGACAUCGAGCGAAAAGUGAAUGCGACAGUUGAAAAAAUGAAUGACACGAUAAAAAUACAAAGCGAUCGAAUUCGACAGCUUUCCGGCGAGUUGCAAGAUCGGACGCUCACCGUCACCCAGUUGAGCAGUCAGCUUCGUCAGUAUCGUUUACGAGAAGCAAUGGCCACGGCUCAGCACCGGCGACGGGCAAGCGCUCAAAAUGUUUCAGGCGGCAGCUCUCCACUCGUCUCCCCGAGUAGUCCACACAGGAUCUUUCCGCCUCAAAGAUCAAUGCAAAUGUGCUUUGUAGACGAUGACCUAGCAUCCGCCUCAGUGUCGGUGACCUAUCCAGGCAAUCCGGCGAAGAUGAGACCCGCCGUUUUGGAUCCAUCACUGGGUGAGAUUGUGCCGGGGAUCGAGAAGCAGAAAUUCCCGCUCAGACGCAAAUCGGCCUCGUCGAGUGCCGGAAACGUGUACAAAAAU